AUGUCCCCGCCGUCCCUAACCAUCGAUCUAACCCCCGACCUUGACUUUUCCCCAGCUACCACCACCACACAACAAACCUCUAACAAUGGCCAGCAACAACGAACCCUCCUCCUAGCACCCCCCUCCCUCCCCGCCCUCGGAGCCCAAGGCGAAGCCCGUCUCGCCUCCCUCUUCGCUCUCUACCCGCGCGCCGCCACUGACCUGCACAUGCUGGACCGACUGGUCUCUGGCCUCGUCACCCUCCCCUCGGCGACAUACGACCUCAUUCUCAUCCUGACGGGCACGCUCGUCUCUGAUGAAGAGAGGCAGCUUCUUCGGGAUCGCACACUCUGGAACAAGAUCGCAGGGGCUGUGAAGCCGGGCGGAAUUGUCAAGGGCGAAGAUGGGAAUGCGGUUUCGCUGACAGGGGACAAGGAUGUGGUGAAGGAGGCUGUGUUGGCGGGGUUGGUGGUCAGGGAUGGGGGCGGGGAGUUUGGGAAGCCUGAGUAUGCUGAGGAGGAGGUGGUACCGUUGAAGCUUGGAUUUGGGAAGAAGAAGGACGCAACGAAGCCGGCGCAACCGGCACAGACACAGGCGCCUGCGGGGGUUGGGUUCGUGGACUUUAAUGAUGAUUUGGAUUUGGAUGCGGAGGACGAUGAUGAUGUGAUUGAUGAGGAGACGCUGCUUACGGAGGAGGACAUGCGUCGCGGGCCGAUGCAGCCUCCUCCGGAGUGUGCGCCUAAGUUGGGGAAAAAGAGGAGGGCUUGUAAGGACUGCACCUGCGGUCUAGCCCAGCGCCUUGAGGCCGAGGAGAAGGCUCGUCGCGAAAAGGCUGAGGCCGCUCGCAACGCUCUCAAGCUCAAGUCGGAGGAGCUGACAGAGCUUGACUUUACUGUGCCUGGCAAGACAGGAUCCUGCGGCAGCUGCUACCUUGGAGAUGCCUUCCGGUGUGCGGACUGCCCCUAUCUUGGGUUACCUGCUUUCAAGCCCGGCGAGGAGGUCAAGAUUCUCAACAAUGCGGCUCAGCUUUAA